UUUUUUUUUUUUUUACUUUUUGUUCAACUUCAUUCGCAAAAACAGAUCUUCUUUCUCCUCAUCACUCUUUUGGAAAUGUCGGUCACCUUGCAGAAUAAACUGAACGAAAGGCGUUAUGGAAUAGUUAAGAAUUAUGAUCCCAAUAGUUUCCGCAGAAAUGUUUAUGCAGACAAGUUUUUCAUUUCGCGACUGGAGCUCGAACGAGAACUCAGCGGCCAUGAUGGCUGUGUAAAUACACUAGACUGGUCCUGUUCUGGAGAUAAAUUAUUGACCGGAUCCGAUGACUUGAAAUUGAAUAUUUAUUCAGCAUACGAAGAUUUCAAGCUCAUUGAAACAAUAAACACUGGACAUUCCGCCAACAUUUUCACAGCAAAGUUCAUGCCCAAGACUUCUGAUAAUAUUAUUGUUUCUGGUGCCGGUGAUUCAGAAAUACGCAUAUUUGACCUAAAUCAUUCGGAUGGCUCCUCAACACCGUUGGAAAUUAUGUAUGUAUGUCACCACGAUCAAAUAAAUAGAAUUUGUACCUUUGAGAACAACCCUUACGAGUUUCUAACUUGUUCUUAUGAUGGCACAAUACGGCAUUUUGACAGACGACAGCAUCAUAUCUGCUCAAAGCAUAACAUCCUAUCCUUCAUAACACGCCAAAGUAAACCAGCCAGGCAAUGGCCUCUUCCACAGACAAAUAGAAAAGGCUGUCCAAAACCUCUCGUUAUCGGAAAAGAGGGUUUUAUGCUCAAUGCAUUAUCCAUCAGUAGAUUAUACCCACAUUAUUUUGCUGCUGCCGGUGGCAGCGGCUCCAUCUAUUUAUUUGACAGACGAAUGAUGACGGCAUCAGACGCUUCAAUGAAAAGCCAGCCGUAUUCUGGUGCUGCAAGCAGCGAUAAACCUUCACAAUGUGUGAAACGAUUUUCAGCCCCACUAGGUAGACGCAGAGACCACCUAGCACGCAUAUAUCCUGUCACAGCAUGUAAAUUCAGUCAAUCGAACGGUUAUGAGCUACUCGGCAGCUGGUCUUUGGGCGAUGUUUACUUGUUUAACAUCAAUGAUUCUGUAAUUGAGAGGAGCAACAAAUAUGCUACCGGCAUUCGUUACAACGAUAACAUUAACCGUAUUAGAGGCAGAUUCAACUCGCCUACGCCAUCAGAUUUUGACGGACAAAGAGGGAUACUAACACAAAAUAGAGAAGACGAAGACAGCGAGGGUGAUAUUCAGAGAAGAAAAGCGACAUGGGAAGCUAUACAUGAGUCAUUUCGCAUGAUGAAACUGGAGUUUGCCUUGAUGGGUGUGAAUGAUUUGACCCAGCAUUUAAAUAACCCGCUUAUAUCUAUUUCCGACUUUGAUAGAGCGCUGGGUGAUGCAUCAGCAGCAUUUAUGUUUGCAUCCAUUAUAAACCAUCGUAGGCUAGACAGAGAUAAUUGGUAUAGUGCAGAAGAUGAAGUAGCCGAAGAGAGGUCGUCAGAAAAUACUACAACAAACGAUAAUGACGAUGAUUGGACGAUUUAUUUCUUUGAACAUGAAUUGAAUAGAGUGAGCGAAAAGAUCCAACAUGCCCAGAGGGUGCUUGCAACUAUAGGUUCACCUCAGCAGCAGUCAUCGGCGUCGGAGGAGCAGGCAUACGUUGACUGCUGGCAAAUAUAUUGGUGUUUGGCGACUGGUUAUUGGAUAUUGAAAGGAGGCUAUCAGCCAAUCGCUGAUUGCUAUCGAAUAGUCUAUUUGAAAAAGUCUCUUGAUUAUCUCGAAAGAGCUAGAGAAAGUUUACUAUACGCCUACAGAAGAGAGUUGCCGGGGGAUCAAGACACUUCUUUAGCAAUUCCCUCGUUGAACAACGGAAAUCACGGAUAUAGUAACUAUGUCUACUUGAAGAUGAUUAUCAUGUUUUAUAACACUGUCAAGGCGACCCUAAAUCGCGAAGAAAGAAAUGGAGGACAAGAGAUACCUUUAACCACUACCCAUGAGAUGGUAUCUUCAGGGGAGGGAGAUCCCUUAAGUGAUGAGAUAGAACAGUAUUGUCCUUGGGAGCAGCUUAUGUACAUCACUUUGUAUGACCCGCGUGAAAUUGAAGACUUUCUACGGGCCUUCGGCUUCUGGGACACUGAUACUGCUCGGUUUCAUCGUCCAAAUUGGAUAAACUCUGCUGUAGCUCUUGCUUCGAAUCUUGAUAACGGCAUCGAGAACGGAGAUAAUCAAAACAGCGAGAACGAAGAUGAACAAGAUGAUGACAACGAUGAUGACGACAGUGAUUGCGAGUAUUUGUCUUUUGGCUCGUUUGGACUAUUUCCUGGUAAAGUCGAUAAGGUUUUUGAGUCUAUGUCAGAUGCCGGUAAGGUAGCCCCAAGAAAAAAAUAUACAGGCCAUUUCAAUUAUGAGACGGUAAAAGACAUUGAUUUCUUCGGUUUAAAUGAUGAAUAUAUUGUCUCAGGAAGUGAUUGUGGCAAUUUGUUCAUUUGGGAUAAGAAGUCUACCAAAAUUGUCCAAAUACUAAAAGCUGACGAUGAUGUUGUUAAUGUCGCCAGAGGACAUCCCACUUUACCUAUCUUAGCCGUUAGUGGUAUUGACUCUACAGCGAAAAUAUUCACACCUACUUCCAAGCCGUUCAUUACCUCUAGAGUACAGCAACCUUGUAAUCCAGAUUCUUAUUCAAGUUCUUCUCGAAUGUAUGAUCGAGAUCUAAUAGUUGAUGAAAAUGAAGCAAACAAUCGCCAACGUCUUCCUCCGUAUCCCGACAUAGAUGUGCUUGCCGCAUUUCGAAGGGGCACUGUUGAUUUGGAGUCUGAAAUAGUACGUGUUUACCUAGAGGAUGACGACGGUAGCGAAAUCAGCGAGAGCGAAUAUGAAGAUGAAAGCGAAUAAUGAGAGAGAUAUUACGAGCAUUUGAUGAGCAUAAUCGCUACUUUACCCUUUCUCCUUACGCCACUGAUAUGCAUAUAUAAAUGAUACGACGCGAUAACUUAUUAUUAUAAGCUCUCGGAGAUACAAAAUAAAUACCAGCAUCAACU